AUGGCUGCCUGGACCCGCCGAUCGCACAAAGAUUACACAGUCGGAUGGAUAUGUGCAUUGCCGGUGGAACUGGCGGCUGCAAAGGUCAUGCUCGAUGAAGUCCACAAAGACCUACCGGUGUCGUCCACGGAUCACAACACGUAUAUUCUCGGAAGUAUCAAAGACCAUAAUGUUGUGAUUGCUUGUUUACCAAGCGGUGAUUAUGGCCUUGUGUCGGCAAAUACAGUGGCAAUGCAACUACUAUCCAGCUUUCGCUCGAUCCGGUUCGGUCUCAUGGUGGGAAUCGGAGGAGGGGUACCCAGCGAUGUCGCUGACAUCCGCUUGGGUGAUAUAGUGGUCAGCAAGCCGACUGGCUCAUAUGGCGGAGUGAUACAAUAUGACUACGGCAAGACCUUGAGUGGUGGAUUUGAACGAACCGGCAUGCUGAACCGCCCACCCCAGGUCCUGCUAACGGCACUCUCUAAGUUGCAAUCGAAUCAUCUCACCGAGGGAAGUAGGAUAGCGGAGUUCCUCACAGAGGUUGAACAAAAGAAUCCCCGACAAGCCGCUACGUUUACUCGUCCAACGCAGGAAGAUCAUUUGUUUCUCUCUGAUUAUCACCAUAUUGAUUCUCGCUCCGCAACUUGCAAUGCUUGUGAUCCCACUCAGAUUGUUUCGCGGCCUCCUCGAGACCAUGACGAGCCCCUGGUCCAUUAUGGACUUAUCGCGUCAGGCAAUCAACUCGUGAAAGACAGCAAACUACGGGAUCAAUUAGGCCGUGGGCUAGACGUUUAUUGUGUGGAGAUGGAGGCCGCAGGAUUGUCCAAUAACUUCCCGUGCCUUGUUGUUCGCGGAAUCUGCGAUUAUGCCGAUUCUCAUAAGAAGAAAGAGUGGCAGGGUUAUGCUUCAGUUGUCGCAGCAGCAUACGCGAAAGAGCUCUUGAUAUGCACUUCUGUUCUCAGCAUAAAUCAAUCAGAGACUGCACGAGAACCUUUAUCCAAUGCAAGAGAAUUUCACGUCCCAUUCGAUCUUACCGGAGUACCUGCAGUCGAAAACUUUUUAGGACGAUACAAGGAGCUUGAGCAUCUUUGGCAUCAUUUACAACCAGAGGAAAAGGGACCUCGGAAAGUCGCUGUACUUCAUGGACUAGGUGGCAUUGGCAAAACACAACUAGCGGCCCGCUUCGCACGUGAGCAGAAGGAGCAUUUUACUGCUAUCUUCUGGUUAGCUGGCAAAAGUCGCGAAACAUUGCUGCAAUCGUUGAGCUCAAUUUCGUCUCGGUUACCUGGCCAGUCCAGCAAAUCUGCUGAAGCGAAUGACAGUGAAGUAGAGCAAAAUGCGAAGCGAGUGUUAAGGUGGCUCGCAUCAUCGAGAAACACACGAUGGCUCCUCAUCUUCGAUAAUAUCGAUCAGUAUUCGCCUGGGACCGACUAUGGAUACGACAUCGGCAAAUCUUUUCCUACAGCGGAUCAUGGGUCGAUUCUAAUUACUUCUCGACUUCAAUCAAUAACCGAGCUUGGACGGCCGUUUGCCGUUCAGGGGUUUGAUUUCGAGGACGCCAUUUCAUUACUCUGGCAGAGCAGGAAUCAACCAGCCCCAGAUACUGCCACAAGGCAAGACCAAGAUGUCGUGGACCUGAUCAAUCGUCUUGGCGGGCUACCAUUAGCGAUUACUAUCGCGGGAUCAUUUAUGCGUGAAACCGGUACCAGCGUCAGCGAGUACUUACAAUACUAUCAGAGAUCCUGGCACGAUCUGCAUUCGGAUACUAAACCAGGACGUCAUUAUCAGCAGGGCAAUAUUUUACGAACAUGGUCAGUUUCGUAUGACGAAAUUCGAAAACGAGAUCCAGAUAUUGCUGAAUUGUUGCUAUUACUUGCUCACUUUGACAAUCGUGAUAUCUGGUACGAGCUACUAAAAUGUGGCCAACGCAGUCCAAAUCCGCCAGCAUGGUAUGCUGAUGUUAUAUCAGACAGCCUGACCUUCAAGAAAAGGAUAAGGAUUCUGAUAGAGUUUUCAUUACUCAGUGUGAACGAACAAAAAGGCAGCUACAUGAUGCAUCCGGUUGUGCAGGACUGGUGUCUUGAUAUGGCUAGUAUUGAGGAGAAAGCAAGAAACAGACGAUGGGGCGAGCUAGCCUUGGCCAGUGUUGGGCAUGCGGUACCCAACUGGGAUGAACAAGAGUUGGCCAGUGUUGAGCAUAAGAUACCCAGUCCGGACCCCAAAGCUUGCCUCGAGUUUUAUCGGCGAUUGUCAAUUCAAGCAGAUUACACGCGUCGGUUUUGGAGGGGUGAUGAGCUGACGGACAACACUGUGAUCUUAGAUGCAAUUCAUAGCUUUGGGCGUCUCUAUGCUAAUUCGGCAGAGUUCAAAAAGGCAGAGAUGAUGUAUUUGCGAGCAAUAGCAGGGUACGAGAAGGUACUAGACCCAGAUCACACCUCCAUCAUGGAUACUGUCUAUCAUCUUGGGGUCCUCUACAAAGAGCAAGGAAUGUGGGAUGAGGCAGAAUUGAUGUAUCAGCGAGCGCUAGCAGGCUACCAGAAGGCUCUAGGUGCUGAUGGAAUGCCCACUCUCACCACCAUUUACAGCAUAGCGGUUCUCUACAAAUAUCAAAGAAAGUGGAAAGAGGCAGGGAUGAUGUAUCAGCAAGCACUAACAGGCUACCAGAAAGCACGAGGUCCAGAUGAUAUUUCCACGCUUAAUAUCAUUGAAGGCAUGGCAUUUGUCUACUCCUUUGAGAGAAACUGGGAUGAGGCAGAAACGAUGUAUCAACGAGCACUUACAGGCUAUAAGAAGGUUCUAGGUCCGUAUAACUCUUUAACUCUUAAUACCUUUGACCGCAUGGCGACUCUCUACAGAAAAUUGGGAAAGUUUGAAGAGGCAGAGAUGAUGUAUCAGCAAGCCUUGAAAGGGAUUGAAAAGACAUUUGGUUCGGAUCAUAUUUUGCAUCUAGUUGUGGUUAACGCCCUUGGAGCUUCCUAUAUACAGCAGGGAAAGUGGGAAGAGGCAGAGGUACUGUAUCGGCGAGCACUAGCAGUCUACAAAACUACACUGGGCCCAGACCACUAUUUUAUCGAGAAAGUUAUGCAGAGAUUAAGAGAACUAAGGAUUAUGCAUAUCAUGUUCAACAAGUGGUUUGUGAUUAGGGGCAUAGGCGAGCUUCUCGGUCUCCUUUUCUGGGCAUAUGUCUGGUACUAUUACUAG